AUGAGGAUUGGAUAUAGAAAUAUCUCCAAAGUUCCUACAUCUACUGAAGGAAGCCUUGCUAUGCAAGAUGGCUAUUAUUUUUAUGACUUCUUAUUUGAAAGGGAAAUACCUCCUUCUAGUGCUCAAAGUCCUGAUGCAGUUGGUGUGCUUGUGAAUGAGAACAAAUCUAAACAUGACUUCAAAGCUGACUUUAGUGAGAGAUCUUCUAAGAAAGCUAUACUUGAAGGUGGUCAUGGUGAUACUUCAACUUCUGUGUUCAAAAGUGGUGGCAAGACAUACCUCAAAAGAGCACAUGAGCUUAUCCCUCUACCUAAGAAUAUUGAGGAGAAAUCCUAUGUGAAAGAUUCUGAGAAGAUUGAUGCACUUCAAGGCAUAGAAACUACUGAUGAGGAAGAUGAUUUACUUUUUGAUGAAAUGGAACAGGGCAUGAUGAAGUUUGGACCUCAGACUUUUGAGGAUCCUCAGUCGGUGACCGCUGCUCCAGUGCACCUGUUCCACGCAACCCCAUCUUCCCCCCACUACCACAGCUUCCUGAACAAGCUCACCGCCGCCUGCCCGGCGCUCGGCGUCUCCGUCGAGUACCGCCUGGCGCCGGAGCACCCGCUCCCCGCGGCCUACGAGGACUGCCUCGCCGCGCUCAAGUGGACGCUCUCAGCCGCCGACCCCUGGGUCGCCGCGCACGGGGACCUCGACCGCGUCUUCGUGGCCGGGGACAGCGCCGGCGCCAACAUCUGCCACUACCUCGCCAUCCACCCGGAGCUCGUCGCACAGGCGCAGGGUGACGGCGCGGCGCGGCCGCUGAAGGGCGCCGUGCUGAUCCACCCGUGGUUCUGGGGCACCGAGGCCGUGGGCGAGGAGACUCGCGACCCGACGGCGCGCGCCAUGGGCGCGGGCCUGUGGUUCUUCGCGUGCCCCGGGACGAGCGGCAUGGACGACCCGCGGAUGAACCCGAUGGCGCCCGGCGCGCCGGGGCUGGAGACGCUGGCGUGCGAGCGGGUGCUGGUGUGCGCGGCGGAGGGGGACUUCCUCAGGUGGCGCGGCCGCGCGUACGCGGAGGCGGUGGCCGCGGCAAGGGGCGGCCAGGAGGGCGUCGAGCUGCUGGAGACGAUGGGCGAGGGGCAUGUUUUCUACCUCUUCAACCCCGACUGCGAAAAGGCUAAGGAGAUGCUCGACAAGAUGAUCGCCUUCGUCACUGCCGCGUGAUGCGCCAUUGUUGGUUGUGUUGCAACUUUGGAUUCAUGGCCAUCGUUGGACUACCGUGGUCGAUGAUGACUGAUGAGAAUAAACGAAUGGAUCAGGUGUAAAAUUCUACCGUCUGUUUGAUUGAUGGGUAGAGGUUUCGCAGGAAUCGAGAAAAUGAUUGUUGAGACUUCAACACAUGCUUCAAGUUUGAACCAUCCAUCCU